AAUACACCACUAACUAGUAUCUUUAAACACAUGUGGGAAGCUGGAGGGUUUUAGAAUGACAGCCACAUACAGUAUAAGGAUGACGUUUCCAACGGUCACGUGACUCUUUACAGUAAGUCCAACAUGGCAGAUGGAGCAGGUCUUGCACGGUGACUAAAGCAACAUUUCAACUAAAGCGGACAACCUAAACUCCACUCCGCCGCGGGACAUCCACCAUGAGGGAGAGGCAGAAGAAAAAGAAGGGCAGGACGUGGGCGGAAGCCGCUAAAACGGUUUUGGAGAAGUACCCUAAUACUCCUAUGAGCCAUAAAGAGAUCCUGCAGGUCAUCCAAAGAGAGAGGCUUAAAGAAAUAAGAAGCGGAACCUCGCCGCUGGCAUGCCUGAAUGCCAUGCUGCACACAAACUCUCGGGGUGACGAGGGCAUCUUCUACAAAGUCCCGGGCAGGAUGGGAGUCUACACGUUAAAGAAGGACAUCUCAGAGGGGGUGAAGAAGCUGUCGGAGGAGGGCUCCGAUGAGAGCAGCGACAAUCUAUCGGACUCCCGAAGCUCGGAGAACAGCAGCACCGUUCCUCCAGAGGGCAGGAGAGGACGGUGGAUGCGAAGAGUCCCCUCCAAGCUGCAGUCACAGCCGUCGUCUCCGCAGCCACAGUGCUCAUCGCCUCCCGUCUCCUCCAGUAAACUCAUCUCUCCCUCACAGAAACACAGCAAGAAAGCACUCAAACAGGCGCUGAAGCAGCAACAGCAGAGAAAUCAGCGCAGACAGGGUGGUAUGCCAGCCAUCUCCAGCUCCAGGCUGCUGCUAAAGACCAUCAAAGACAUGGCAGAAAACAUUACAACAAAGACUGAGUUAUGCCACCCUGUCGGACCCAGAAAAGUUCCUCAGAGGUCCGAUCGUCUCAAUGCAGGGCAAAUAAAACGCACAAAGUGUAAAAUAGACGUGGAAACGCCAGACUCCAUUUUGGUUAACACCAACCUGAGAGCCCUCAUCAACAAGCACACCUUCUCCGUCCUGCCUCCCGACUGCCAGCAGAAGCUGGUCAAACUCCUGCCUGAGGUCGACCGACAGGCUUGCUUGGACGGCCUUCUGAAGGUUACGAGCUCGGCUUUAAACAACGAAUUCUUUGCAUCAGCAGCGCAGUCUUGGAAAGAGAGGCUGGCUGAAGGGGAAUUCACACCCGAGCUGCAGGUCCGAAUGCGUCAGGAAAUCGAGAAGGAGAAGAAAGUUGAGCACUGGAAGGAGGCUUUCUUCGAAAAUUACUACGGGGAAAAUUCAGGCCUCAGCUACGAGGAGUCCAAAGAGCUGAUAGAGCCCGAUGGGAAUAAGGAGACUGUCAGGCGCCGCUCUCCUGUUUGCCAGAAAAAUCCAGCUGCUCAGCCUCUGGAGGACAAGAAGAGCGCCAAGGACUGCGUCCAGACCAAUGCUGCCCCGAGAGACAAGAAACCAGCGGAGAAAUCCCCGGACCCACCGAAGGAGCUGCCCCGACACAAAGAGUCCGUCCCCACCACGGAGCCCAUGAAGACGCGUCGGUCGCAGCACGCGGAGGAUCGAAAGCUCAGCGCAGCCGCUCAGACCGGGCCGCCGCCGCCGCCGCCGGCUGUGAAAACACUGAAACCGGCCGAGCGGAGCCCGACUAGCACACUUCAUGAAAAGCAACAGAAGGAGGAAAAAGAGGAGAAGAAACUCCCCGAGUCGCCCGUGAAGACGAGCCCCCCACUAAAGCCCAGUGUGGAUGUAAAGGAUGACCAGCUAGUGACCGCGGUGAGACCUGCUGCGGGUGACGAAGAGGUCGCCUCGGAGCCCAGCGCCGGCUCGGACGCCCACAAAAGGAAAACCCUCUGCGAGACGGAGGGGGAGGUGACUCCAGAGAAAAGACCCCGUUUGUCUUCCGUUUCCUCCGUGUCAUCGGUCUCCUCCGCGUCAUCCAUGUCCAGUCCCGCCACGCCAUCUCCGACAAGUCAGAGGGUCCCGCCUCUCAAGAUCCCAGUGUCACGAAUUCUUCCUGUCCCUCUGUCACCAAGCCAAGUCUCACCAAAGACUCACCUCCAGGGCCCGCUCAGCAGCCCGGGCCACACCGGAGCUCGCACGCUGGCUUACAUCAAAGCCAAAGCUCAGCUCGCCCGAGCGCAGCGCGUAGCAGCCGCCGCCGUGUCAUCCGCAUCGAAGGGAACGGUGCCGGGGCCGGGGCCGGGUGGAGGUAGCGGCGGUGAUCACGGGCAGCCAUCACCCAGCCCCAGCCUCAGCCCAACUUCCCCACAGGCCUACACCAGAUUACCAGCCACCAGCAGCAGCAGCAACCAAUCCAGUGAGCUUUCUCCUCCGCUCAGCUCAAGGCCAGCUGAUGAGAGGCAAAGCAAUCAUUUUACCAGUACAGUCCAAAAGAGCUCCAAUGCUUCAGUAGAACAUUCAUCAAUGCAGACUGUAAAGGAUAAGGACGCCCCAACAAGUGCUGCAUCACUAACCAGAACCAGUUCUUUCAUUCCAGCAAACAACCCCCUUGUGACACAGUUGCUGCAGGGAAAAGAGGUUCCACUGGACCAGAUCCUUCCAAAACCCCUCUCCCACACGGAGAUUCGGGUGUCGAGCCAGGCUUCUGGAAAUAAGGGGAAAAUGACACAUUUUGUUGAUCAUAAAGGAGAUAGGCACGUGUCUGCACAAGCCAAUACCGCCGGACGUGCCGCAGAAUGCACAAAACAUCACCGGGAGCUUCCCGAUAAGGAAACCCAAGAGCAGAUCCUACAGACGCUGAUGCAGAGGAAAGCUCAGCAACAGAGGCAGCCGCCUGGAGGAGCAGGGCUGCUGCCCGCACACCACAGGGUGCCGCAAAUGCUGCACACACAGGAGUGUCGGGAGCAGUCCAGAGUGUUGGUUGGCUUUCUGGGUCGGAAGAAGAUCCCUAAGCCGGCCAUGACGGGGCAUUACCUGCUCAACGUGUCCACGUACGGCAGGGGAUCAGAGAGCAGGAGACUGCAGCUGUCAGUCUGCCCCAACAAGUCUGCUUUGAAGAGGGAAAGCACAGACGGAAAGGAGACGGCUAAGACGGAAGAACCAGUGAAGAAAGAUUUCACGUUCGUUACUAGGGUGAAAGCCGAGCAGCAGGGAUGUGCGGUUGCCAGGGCCGACGACCCGGCAAGUUUUCAGCAUUGCUCUGGCGUAAAGACUGAGCCUGGAUCUGAGAGCAAUGGAGCCAGUGGUGCCGACAAUGGCGUCACCAGUGCUAAAGCCAAAGACAUCAGUCCGUUUUCUCCAGCGCACCGAAGUCACCUCGAACUCCGCAAUAACAAUCAAGGAAACUCUGAGCCAUAUCUUUCCCUCAUGGACCCCGGUCACCAGCAGCUCACUGCCUUUCAGAGGGCGCUUGACAAUCAGGAGUCGGCGGUAGCCUCCAGCUACGGCGGCACCAUCAGCAUGUCUGUACCUCACACUCUGGACCAAAAUGCCGCGGGCACCGCCUCUUCCGCACCCUCAUCGGAGGUCGACGGGAGGGGCAUUUGUGGGAGCGUCAUGUCGUUCUCGGUGACCGUCACCACGAUACCAGCCGGUCACGCGCUAGACCACGGCAAUCAGGGUGAACCCUCGCGGGAGCAGUCCUUCAUCGAGGGCGCCAACAUGGAGGACGUUCAGUCGAAAUGCUAUUGCCGACUGAAGGCGAUGAUCAUGUGCAAAGGCUGUGGAGCCUUCUGCCACGAUGACUGUAUUGGCCCUUCGAAGCUGUGUGUGUCAUGUUUAGUGGUACAGUGAAAUGGAGUUAAUAAUAACUAAACGAUGUAAGGGUUUCAUUAGGCAUGGGCCGGUAUGUGCAACACAAUAUCAGGGUCACUUAGAGAACGAAUUAAGAAAAAAUGGUUAUUUUUUCCUCUCUGUCCAUUUUAAGAAAAAGUCAAGAGAGAGUAGCAUAAAGUCCAAACACAAAAUUGUUUAAAAUGUCCAGAAGUAGUUAAUACUUUGUUUUUUCAAUUAAAAACGUUGAAAUGUCAUGGAAUAGGUCAAAAAGAAAUUUUUAAAGUAAAAAAAAUACAUUUUCAAGAACAAGUUAUGACAACAACAAAGCUAAACGUCAAGAAAAAGUCUAAAUACUUUUUUCCAAAGAUGAAAUGAAAAAUAAAUCCAGAUUUAGAGAGCCUUGGGUGUUUUUUUCCCCUCAAAAACAUCAACAUUUUUAAAUCAAACGGUGGAGUGGUGGUGGCGCCCCGAUGCUGCUAUAAUGGAUAUAAUAAGUUAAAUAAUUAAAACGCUAAAAUUCUUCUGUUUUGCUUGAACUGUUAUUGGCAACGGAUUUUAAUCAACAAUUGAAAUCCCUGUUUUCAAGCCAAAUCUUGUUAAGUCUAAAGUUUUCUGUAACCCAGGAGCUGUAUGGCUUAACAAGAACGUUUUGAUUUGACUGGAAGCUCCAUGGAUGUAUGACAAAUUGAUUUUAGCUGCUUAACUAAAGAUACUGUCUGUUUGAGUGAGCUAACUUAACUGACUUGCUGCAUUUAACAUUUUAAAAUUAAAGCAGUUCAAUUUUGAGCUGCACUUCUGUAGUUUCCAAACUAUGACCGUAAGUACUUUUUGCGUGUCGUGAACUAUUUCAAAACAGCCAAAUUUGUCUUUUAUUUUGUGACAUGAAACUUUACAGCAUCGCCUUACUGUACGGUCCAUUUCGCCAAAGGUACUUGGCUCUCACUCCAGCCAUUUUUCUGGCAUCUCAUCAAAAUGAAAUUGAAACAACAAAUCAAGUAGAUUUAUUCAUAUAUAUAUAUAUAUACCUGUAUAUAUAUAUUUGGUAUGCCUUGAUACCGGCCCAUGCCUAAGCGUCACAUGCCGUCGAGGCACAAAUAUGGCAUGAGGUUGUUUAGAGUGAAUAGAAAAUGUGGUGCGGUAUCUUAACUGUUCUACGCCUGCGACAGCCAGGAUCUGAUCACUGUUGGAAAAAAGCAAGAAUUUACACUGGACGGUCUUGUUUUUUCAACCACACCUCUUUUUACAGAUGCCAAUCGAUUUUCAAUCAGUUUAAUACUCAGUCAGAUGUGCGAGAAAUCUCACAUUCAACGUUUGCACUCAGCUAGAUUAGUCUAUAUUUUUAUAUAAAAUAUAUAUAUAUACAUGUGUGUGUAUUGUUUUUAAAAGAGGGAAAAUGAAUGUUUCUAUUUUUAGGACUUCAUGACUGUUCUGUGUUGAGACUGAACUUUUUAUCGUAGGGUUAAUUGGGGUUACUAUCAAGAAAAGGCACUAGAGAAAAUCAUGGGUUGUACAAUACCUCCUGCCUGGAUUUUUAUGCAUGUGUGGCAGGGAAGUAACAAUUUUAUAUAUAUAUAUAUAUAGUAUAUGUACAAUAUAUAUAUAUAUAUAUAUAAAAAAGAAAGGUACAUUAAUACAGAGUACACUGGUAUUUAAAAACGUUUAUGGAUUUAUAGGUUUAUUGAGAAAUUAUGCAUAAAAUGUUUUUAAAAUCUGCCCAUGUGGAUUGCACAUAAAAAUUAUGGCAUCAAAUUGCCUGCAAAGGAUCAUGUUGUAAAGUUGGAAUUCAGCGUAGCACUUAAAUUCAAAUUUAACAUUUUUAAUAGAAAGUGGUUUAUCUUCCCUGUUGUUGUUUUUUUUUUUAUAUCAAAUACAAGUUUAACGUCAUCUGCUACUGUUUUAAAGCCACAUUUUCCCUCCUUAAAACUGUUUUGUAGCUAAAGUGUCCCAUAAAUUGGAGUUGGGUUUUUUUUCUGUAUAGAUUGAUGACAGUUGAAAUGAAAACACUCAAAGUAAAGGGAGAAAAUGAAGACCUUUUCUUUUCACUGUAAAUACUAGAUGUAGGUAGUCAAUAUUUUCUUUGUGCAGCACACUUAUCCAUUUUUAUUACUACAAAAAGAUGUUUGACAAUCGAAAGAAAAACAUUAUACAGUCAAAUAAUUGUAGAUUUUCUAAAAAUUAUCUGUUGGUACAAAAAGUCACAAAUUUAUAGAUGAGUAUAACCGUUUACCUCUGACCUUCCCAGAAAAUGAGAAUCUUCCAUUUUAAGGUAAUAUGAGGUAUUGUAAGCCUAAUUAUUCACAAUAACCAUUGUGACGUAAAGUACAUUGUAAUAUGAACACAAUCUAAGUGCUUACUUAACCCCACAUUACUUUUCAAAAGGGUCAGUGGAAAACUGUUAACUCAAGCAAAAAUAAAAAUAAAAAUCAAAUAAUUUUUUAUAGUAUCCAGCACAGGUGAAAUUUUUUCUGUUUUAUAGCCGUUGUUUUCCAGGUAAAAUGCCAAAGCCACCUUAAAAAAACAAAAAUAAUCAGAAGUUGUUUAUAAUCUCAGACUUGUUAAUCAAAGUAAUAUAUUUUAAUUAAUAUAUUUUAAUAUAAAAGAUCUAUUUACUAUUUUUUGGGACAAAUCAACAAGGUAUUUGCUAUAGUAAUUUAUUGGCUGUCCGUUUUGUUAUGUUUUUUCCCCUGUAACUUGUAGACAGGACAGACCACCAUAAGGAAUGAUUGAACUUUGUAUCUGAAAUUGCCCAAGUAUGGCUGUGUGAACCAGUCUUUGCAAUCAGUCCAUUUGUCUAAACCGCCCUUUGAAGAUUUUGUCUGUGUGCAUCCUUUGUCUACAAUUAUGACUUUUUUUCUUUUACAAACUAUGGCUCAGUCUAAAAUUUUAAGUUGAUCCAUUUUUACCUGUAUUUUUUUUUUAUGUAUAACUGGAUGGUCAUGUCUGUUAAAUUUGGGUUUCAGGAUAUGUAUUAGAAAAGUAUUAGAAAAAAACUCUUUUAUGCAGUUAGUCAUUUUAAUGUGAAUAGCACGUCUUACAUGCUAUUCUUACGUGAAUAGCUUGUAAGACGUGAAUAGAAUCAGAGACGGCUGUAUUUACAGUUAAAUUUGGGGACUGGAACGCACUUCAAGAAAGGCAGCUUGACGAAGACUGAAACGUGCAUCAGGCGGCAGUCUUCAUUUUUACUGAAGCUACCUGUUUGUGUAAAUUUAGAUGAGUGGUUAAUCGAGAACUAGCUGGGUUGAGGUUACUAUGGGCAAUCACCAUCUUUUUCUUUUUCAACUGUCACAUUUGUCACUAGUUUCAUUUGUUACACUCGUCUGUUUCACUCUGUGUCCAGUAAAACUCCAGUGAAUGUAACAUGGUAAUCUGCACUUGUAAACAAAAUGUAUUUAAAAGUUAUAAUCUAUUAUGAAUAAAAUAAUUUUAAAAUA